AUCGUCGCAUGGAAGCUCGGUCAGUGUUGGCGCCAUCCGCGGCCGAGAAAGGGUCGAUUGCGUUCCGGACUCGAACAAAGGUAUCGCUUGUCGAUGUGGAAAUCGAGGAGCUGGAAAGCUUCCUGGAUGAUGACCCGUCGUACCUUGGCUUGGACAUGGACGUGAUCGAGGAAGAGGAGAACUACCGGCGCUUUCUCACGUCGUUGCUGCCGAGUGUAGAUGAAGAUGACAACUUAAGCUUCUUGUCUGAGGAAGAUGAUGAGUACCAUCCCCAUGACGACGAUGACGAUGUGGACGACGACGAAGAUGCGGUCGACGGCGACGACAUUCCCAAGUCCGAGCUGUCUGGGUUGUUGUGGGACUCGUCCAACGUCAAAGUGCCCAAUGACACACCGUCUUCUUCCACGAUCAUGGCAAACCUUCUUCCUCCAUCCACAUCAAAGCCAUCCUCGUCGUUUGUGUCGAUCCAGCCCGGCGCCCAACUCAAAGGAUCGCUCACGCCGCGGCAAAUGGCCCAUCUGGCAUCACAAAUGCACAAACACUUUCAACUAUUAUGCCAAAGCAUGCUCUUGUCUCCAUCUGAAGACGCCAAGAACAUGCUCCUGGACUUGCAACGACGGGGGGACGCGGUGCGGCAGUGGAAAGAGUCUGUCGUGCGCAAGGUGCCUCCUUCCACCCCCGACAGCCACGACAUCGACACCCCCACCACAUCUUCUAUCAAGUCGAGGCGCAUCACGCGCUCAUUCAGCGCCGCGCACGCCGCCAUCAUCAGUCCAAGCAUGUACGAGAUUCACGGGUUGCAGCACUCGGUGGACCACCUAGCGAUGCACACCCUGACCUCCCAUCUCGGCGCCGUGGAUUUUCACUUGACCAACCCCGCCAAAGCAGAAGACGCCAAGUUUACGGCCAGCGAAGACCGCCUCCUCGUGCACGGCGUCAAGCAGUGCAGCCCCAAAAUCAACUGGCAAGCCAUCCAGCGCCAGUUUCUGCCCAUGAAGACCCAAGACCAACUGCGCACGCGGUAUCGGUUUCUCACCAGCGCCAAGGCCCCGGAGAACCCCGUCAAGGACUUUUUUGAGAAUGUGCUACCAAGGGAAAAGAUUCCGUGGCUGAUUGAAGAAGAGCUUCGCAUGAUGCGGGGCAUGGCGUCGUUUCCCGAAGGCGAGCGCCAUCGAUUUGCGAAAAUCUCACACUCCCAUCUGCCCCAUCGAUCCAGGAGCGAAAUACGGAAAAAGUGGGCGAGGUUGUUGGCUGACAUGCCCGAAUUUGAAGUCGAUGUGACGUGGAGCGAUGAGAAGCAACACCAAGAGCGACUCAAGAUGUACCUCGAGCACAAGAAGAAGGAAAAGGAGAUGCAAGAGUCCAUCGAGGAGGAAGCGGCGCGCGAGCGCAAAGCGACGACGACCAACGCCCCCCCAGAGUGCACGGACAAGCACCUGCACCCUGCGCUGUUUUACACCCCGUGGGCCCUGCUGCACCCAUCCUACUUGCUUGAGCAUACGUGCCAACACAACUGGCCGUGGCAAGCAAGCAAGGGUAAACACGCAGAUGAAGUAGGGACCGCCGAAGAAAUGACGUGGCGGAGCUUCCUCUCCGAGUGCGACGACGACGACGAAGACAGCGAGUACGAGCAGGAAGACCUGCCGUCCUCGGACGAUGACAACGACGGGACUCAUGCCACCACGAACCCUCCUCCAACCUCCGCGCCGACGACCUUGUCUGUGGAGCCAACUCUCCGAUUAACCCACUUGAAUGGCCCGCACACGACAGAAAAAGCCAAGCGAACGCUGGCGGCGUUGGAGCGACGGAUCAGCGGCGCCCCUGCUGCUGCUGUUUCUGCUCCUCUCGACCAAACAACCGCUGCCGUGAUGGACGUGGAGCAGAUCGUGUACGACAGCCCGAGCCAUGACGACGACGACGAGUUUGAAUGCGAAGAGCUCCUGCCGAGCUCCGACGACGACGACCAGUUGAACGACGCCGCGGGGGUCCCGCUGAUCCCGCCCACCCGCCUCGAACUGCUGCAGAAACGAAUGUCCCAAGGCAGCACUUGGCUCCCCUAGUUCACAACCAACCAAAACUCUCUCAACUGUACUGGUGUUAUACUACUAGCUACAGUAGCGUUCUCGUGCGAACGAAUGUACUCUCCUAUACAUAUCUACUAUAUUGGUGUUUAAUCCACAUCGUCGAUGGGGGUGGCGUCCGAUUUGGCCAGGGGUUGUUUGCGCUGGCGGAGCGGCGUGCUGUCGCUGGCCGAGGUCAAGAUCUCGGCCACGUCACCGUUCGACUCUUCCGACGCCACUUCCAACGGCGUACGGCCCUGCGAGUCUUUGGCACUCACGAGGAACGCAGCAUCGUCCUUGGAGAUGGACGCCAAGAGGGUUUCUGCCGACUCGGGACAUCCAUGGAACGCACACCAGUGCAGCGCCGUCCACCCGUCGUUGUCGGCGUCGCGGAUGGGCACUCCUUCCUUGAUGAGCGUCUUGAUCACCUUCUCCGUAUCGAUGGGGCUGCCACAGGCGACCAUGAGAGGAGUCCACCCGUCGGACGUCUUGGUCUUGAAGCCGUUCGGGUCAUUCUUCAACACCGAGAGCAACCGAUCAAAGUUGGCUUCGACACCCAAGUCCCAAGCCUGCUUGAUGGCAUCCGCCACAUCAACCGACUUCUUUGCCUUGGAAGGUUUCUUGGAGGAAGGCGCGGGCACAGAGUCGGCGGCAGCGUCGAUCGCGUCCGGAUGCGGGGCGGCAUCGUCUAGCGACUCGCCUUCGAGCUUUUCGUCCCAGUAACGAGGGCCGCCGAGACCGAAAAUAUGCUUCUUCAGGAGCGCGUUGUCGUACAAGUUCAGCGGCACCAUCACGGAUUGGAUGACCACCACUUGGUUGACGCCAAACUGGAUGUGCACAAAGCUGGAAAUCACCGCGCCAAUCAACGUUUGCUGGAUGAAUUCCUUGGCCUUGGCCAGUUCGUGCGCGAAGUACGUGGUCUCGGUCAACGGCGAGUUCUCCGUACUGGUGUCCAGGGGCGACUUGGGCGUCGGCACGAACAUCUUGCGGUUGUCCGGCUUGGCUUCGAUCUUGGAUUUGGCCCACAACCCGAGCAACAGCGACAGGAUCUGCAUCGUGAAGAAGGACACGCGCGCCCCAUUGAGGAUCCAAGGGUUCUCAAAGUCAAUCUUGCCCAUGAAGUACAUCAUCGGCAGCAUGACAAGCAUGCGCCACGGACUCUGUUGCGCCAUCGUCAAACGUGAAGCCGAAUGGUCAAUGGCUGCCACGACCGUCGAA